CCGGGCGCCUCCCAUCCGGCGGAGGACUGCAGGUGUGAUCCGACAGCACCGACCUCAGUUACCGGCUCCCGGCCCGAGCCAGCGGAAACCCCUGGAGCCCUAAGGCGGUGUGGGCUGCGGCGCGGGUGCGUGGGGCCGGCGUUGCUUCCCCGUGCUCUGAGGAGCCCCUAGUCCGCGCUCGGGCCCGCGUGCCCACCCCGGCAGUUCCUGCUCCGUCUCCCUGCAUGGGCUGGACGUACAAACGGGCUUGGGAAAAUCUGUUGUACCGGUACACGGUGGAGGAAGUUGCUGGGCCUAAAAAAGUUGACCUUACAUGGUGUCAGAAGUGAGUUCUGAAGGCACUGAUCACCAAAGAACAACAGCACCUGGACUGGAGCCCUUUACACAGUCACUGUAACUUUUGGUUUGGCAAUACAGACAUUCAGAUGGCAGAUAACAGUUUUUCAGAUGGGAUUCCUUCAGAUUCCUUGGAAGCUGCUAAAAAUGCAAGUAAUACAGAAAAGCUUACAGAUCAGGUGAUGCAGAACCCUCAGGUUUUGGCAGCUUUACAAGAACGACUUGACAAUGUCUCUCACACCCCUUCAAGCUACAUCGAGACUUUACCUAAGGCAGUGAAAAGGAGGAUCAACGCAUUGAAACAGCUUCAGGUGAAAUGCGCUCAUAUAGAAGCCAAGUUCUAUGAGGAAGUGCAUGACUUGGAAAGAAAGUACGCGGCACUCUACCAGCCGCUCUUUGACAAGAGAAGGGAAUUCAUUACUGGUGACAUCGAGCCAACAGACGCAGAGUCAGAGUGGCACAGCGAGAAUGAAGAGGAGGAUAAAUUGGCUGGGGACGUGAAAAAUAAAGUAGUCAUAGCAGAAAAAGAAGCAGCAGCCGCAGGAGAGCCAAGCCCCAGAGGAAUUCCAGAGUUCUGGUUCACCAUCUUCAGAAAUGUAGAUAUGCUAAGUGAAUUGGUCCAGGAAUAUGAUGAGCCAAUCUUGAAACACCUGCAGGAUAUUAAAGUGAAAUUCUCAGACCCUGGACAGCCCAUGUCUUUUGUUUUAGAGUUUCACUUUGAACCCAACGACUACUUUACCAAUUCAGUGUUGACAAAAACAUACAAGAUGAAGUCAGAACCAGAUAAGACCGACCCCUUUUCCUUCGAAGGUCCUGAAAUAGUUGACUGUGACGGGUGCACCGUUGACUGGAAGAAGGGGAAGAACGUUACAGUCAAAACAAUCAAGAAAAAGCAGAAACAUAAGGGCCGAGGCACUGUGCGAACAAUCACCAAACAAGUCCCCAAUGACUCGUUUUUCAACUUCUUCAGUCCGCUGAAAGCCUCUGGGGACGGAGAAUCACUGGAUGAAGAUUCUGAGUUCACAUUAGCCUCUGACUUUGAAAUUGGACACUUCUUUCGCGAGCGGAUAGUCCCGCGGGCUGUGCUCUACUUCACCGGGGAGGCCAUAGAGGAUGACGACAAUUUUGAAGAAGGUGAGGAAGGAGAAGAAGAGGACUUAGAAGGCGACGAGGAGGGGGAAGAUGAGGAGGAUGCUGAAAGUAACCCCAAGAAGGAGCCCAGCCAGCCCUCGGAGUGCAAACAGCAGUAGGAAGCCAGCGCGCCCUGCGUGUGGCCGCCCCGUAGGCAGCUGCAGCAUCACCGUAUUGACAGUGCUCACAUCUAACUUGUUUUAAGUGCAUGAUUUCACUUUAACUUUUUCUUUAUCCUGAUUAUUUUGCUUAACCUGUACAGUGGCGACAUCAAUGCAUUUCAGAAGUAGGACAUUUGAGUCCAGUACCCUCCACAGCCUUGGACUCGGCUCUGUGGACUUCUGUAGGCCCCGCCUCCAGGAGGGCCCCGCAGGCCACAUUAGGGUAGGGGCUGGAAGGCAACGCCAAGGAAAGGCGGCUAGGGAUGUGGUUCCAGGGCAUCUGGAAGCAGUUCCUCCGCCGUGGUGGGGCUGGGUUGUUUAAUUUGAAGAAAGCCUGCACCCUCAUUUCCAGCCGCAGGGUCUGCUGACAGGCACCAUCUUGGAAGAGCUGGGUGGGCCCGGGGUCCCGUGUCCUUAGCAGCUCCUCUGGUUUUGUUCCCCUCAGGUUCAGGGUAGCGCCUUACACCAGCCCUGGGGCAAGAGCUUUUGUAAAAGGUUCAGCCUCAUUUUUAUUUAUUCUUUCAUGCUUUUGAGGGCUUGGGGCUUCCUGCCCCUUGUCCUCGGGGUUUCUGAGACCAUGAUUGUGACUACAGGCCUGGAGACUCGGGCAGGAAAAGGUGGAGCCACGUACAGGGAAACCGCGCCUUCCCGCUGCCCACUGCUGGGGGCAGGGGCUCGUCCUUGUGACGCGCAGGCCACGCUUAGCUUCGGAGGGCGGAGCUGCAGGCAGCACCAGAUUUGCCGGCCUUCUGUGAUGAGGGGCUAGGCUGGCUGGGAAGAGCCACAUGCCCUUCAGUGUGUAAGCGUCAAGUCUUGCUUUCUCUAGGUGGCUCCCCAUUUCUUGGCCCCACGUUCAUCUUAAAAGCCCUGGGUUCAGAGCGAGCUGUUUUUGGCUGGCGUGUGGGGUUUCCAAGUGUGUGGCAGCCAGGGGCGCUGUCCCUGUGCUGGGGCCAGGCCUGCAGAGUGCUCAGCCUUAUGAUGCAUUUGUAACUGAAUACGGUGUUUCAAUUUGUACAGAAUAGUUAGAAUAUUCUAUUAAAGUUGUGAAACUAA